CAGAAAGAAGCAGAUGGUUUUUGUGGCUUUGCUAAUGGCUCAUGAAAUUACUACAGGAAAGCACGAGCAUUCUCAGCGCAAGAUGAAAAAAUAUCUCUAUCCACGUCUCUUCUUUUCUUUCUCAACUGGUGCAAGAAAAAGUCAAAGGUUUAAUUCCCAAGGGACACAUUUAACUAACAGGAUCUUUUUCACUCGCUCUUUGGCAAUUGGAUUUUUAUUAAAAUGGGACUAUUUGAUGCCCUUAGAGAUUUUAGUUUAUUAACAUGGCUGAGAGAAGAAAGACAGUCUCGGAGGCUGAUUCUGUUGAUCGUUUUCAUUGCUUUGCUGUUGGACAACAUGCUGUUGACGGUGGUCGUGCCUAUUAUUCCAAGCUACCUGUACUCAGUGGACGACGAGGCUGCUCAGUCGGUCCGAAAUCACUCCAUGUCUCCUCUGUCCCCAUCUGGUACCUUUCAGAGCAUUGUUUCUCUGUACGAUAACACAACACGCCUGACUGACUUCAGCCCACAGAUGAGCACGGCUAGCCCAAUGACCCCAAAGCAUACUUCUGUGACGCCCCCUCAAGAUAAGUCAGACUGCCCCAAAGCAGAUGACCAGCUUCUGAAUGAGAAUGUAAAAGUGGGUCUGUUGUUUGCCUCUAAAGCAACAGUACAGUUAAUUACUAACCCCUUCAUAGGGCCCCUGACCAACAGAAUAGGAUACCAGAUCCCGAUGUUUGCUGGUUUCUGCAUCAUGUUUGUGUCAACCAUAAUGUUUGCAUUUUCAUCGAGUUAUACGUUGCUGUUUUUGGCCAGAUCUCUACAAGGUGUCGGCUCUUCCUGUUCUUCUGUGGCGGGCAUGGGGAUGCUGGCGAGUGUUUACUCAGAUGAUGAGGAAAGAGGAAAUGCUAUAGGAAUUGCGCUGGGAGGACUGGCCAUGGGAGUUUUGGUUGGCCCUCCGUUUGGCAGUAUCAUGUAUGAGUUUGUCGGUAAGACAGCUCCUUUCCUUAUCCUGGCAGUGCUGGCGGUGCUUGAUGGAGCUUUGCAGCUUUUUGUGCUUCAGCCUUCGAAGGUUGAACCAGAGACCCAAAAGGGAACUUCACUAAUUACCCUCAUGAAGGAUCCAUACAUCCUCAUCGCAGCAGGUUCCAUUUGUUUUGCUAACAUGGCCAUUGCUAUGCUGGAGCCAGCUCUCCCCAUCUGGAUGAUGGAGACUAUGUGUCCCAGGAAAUGGCAGCUAGGGGUUGCGUUUGUGCCGGCCAGCAUUUCAUAUCUAAUAGGGACCAACAUCUUUGCUGUUUUGGCUCACAAAAUGGGGAGAUGGCUGUGCUCACUUAUAGGGAUGGUUCUGGUUGGAGUCAGCAUUCUCUGUGUGCCUCUUGCAAAGGACAUAUACGGACUCAUUGUGCCAAACUUUGGAGUUGGAUUUGCAAUAGGUAUGGUGGACUCCUCCAUGAUGCCUAUCAUGGGUUACCUAGUAGAUCUGAGGCACGUGUCUGUGUACGGCAGUGUGUACGCCAUUGCUGAUGUUGCCUUCUGCAUGGGCUUCGCAUUUGGUCCAUCGGCAGGCGGGGCGAUCGCGCGGAGCAUUGGCUUCCCCUGGCUCAUGACCAUCAUUGGUGUGGUAGACAUCCUGUUCGCUCCUCUCUGUUUCUUCCUGCGAAAUCCUCCUGCUAAUGAGGAAAAGAUGGCCAUUCUGAUGGACUCGAACUGCUCAAUGAAGACCCGUUCUUACUCCACCCAGGGCUCCAGCUACCAAAUGGAUGACGAUUUUGAUCCAGAGAGCCCUGAAUAAGCCUCAUCAAAGCCCUAGGCCAUGUACGUCACCCAGAGUAUCUAUUUUGUCGUAUGAAAUAGGAAAACAAUAGACUUUAAAGAAAACCACCAUGCUGAUUGGUGAGAAUGUCCCAUAUCUGUCCCAAACUGUCCUGUGGUUGUGAUGGUCAUGUUCUUCUGAAGCAAACCAAAGUUGUUCUCGUUGCUGUUUGUUCUCAAUGUGGAAGGGGUGAAAUGUCUAACCAACAGCCUUAUCGAUUUGGAUAACAUUUGUGUGUGAGGAUAAACGGAAAACAUAACUACAAUUUUAUUCCGAAUAAUAAUUUUCAUUUUUUUCUCAUUCGAAAGUCAGACAGGGUAGUUGAUGAGAUUCAUUCAGUAUAACAUAAUGGGCAGAUAUGUACUGGAUAUUUAUUGUUUGUCUGUGGUGGUAGGAAAGUGAGGUCUUCAUAUAUGUAUCUAUCGGUCCUGUUAAAGUCUUUUCAUAGAUGUAAAUGUCAUUGUAUUCAGUCAGAACUCACCUUGAAAUGGGCCUUAAAAUGUUGCUAUAUGUAUCAUAAUCAGUUCAGACUACGUCAUAUAUUAUAGAGAACUGCUGAAGAACAUGUUAGGUCAAUUAAAACUUGAACUUUCACGUUUGGGAUCGAUUUCUUCAAAUCUGGUACAUUAUAUGAUUCCAUUGCUGUGGUUUUCAUUUAGGCUUUUGAGAGGAGAUUUUUGAAGAAGCAAAAGGUCUAACAGCAUCAGAUAAUCAAGCAGAAUGUCAGCUAUUCCUCCUGUCAUGCUCUGUUUGUGUGACUUGUGUGAUGUGACGGUAAAAAUGAUGUACUGUACUAUCAAAGAUGAGCCACAGCUAAAUUUUGAUUACAUAUGGUGACAAACUGUUUCAGUUUAGUUAAACAAAGUCAAUUAUUGCUGGAAAGCAUCCAGAUACUUUAGAUUAUAUUUGGCUUUUAAAGUGUAUAUAGUAUAUAUAGAUAUUUAUAUAUUUUAGUAAGUCUUUUGAAUGUGCUGGAAUGCUAAUAUGUUCAUUUCUAAAGAAUGCCUCAAUACUGCUCUUUCCCAUUUUUGACUUUAGUUUUUUCUGCUUCUAGUAAAUGUGUUAUUGAUCUUCUUUUUAAAAACUGAACUGGCUGUGAAAUGAAACAUGGCCUUAAAUUGAGAUCCUUAAAAUGUAAAGCCAUAUAUGAAAUUACUGGGGUUUUAUCAAGAUUAUAAAUAUUUAUUUAGGCAUUGAGCUUAAUUAUCAAGUCAGAGUCUGUGAAGGUCUUAUUUAUUUUAGAUUAUUAUUAAAUAAAGAUGCAUUCUAUGCCUUAAAAUCAGACAACAUGUUGCAAACACCAUUUAAUGGCGAGUGUAGCUGUAAAUGUGUUUCUGAGAUACAAAAUUCAGUCUUAUUUUACCAACGACUGCAUACUUCAUAACCUAAAAGACAGCUUAAAUAUUAAAAACAAUUCCCAUCUUUUGUUUAUCAAGUAGAUUAUAUCAGGCAUUUUCAUAUGAGCUGAAAUAAUUGGUUUUGGAGUUCAAUUAUCUGACUAGUACAGGUAAAGCAGUUCAGAAAUAAGCCUUCAAAUCUCCUUUAUUUUCUUGGCAUUGUUUUACUGAGGAAAACAUCAGUUAGAUUGCAGGAAAUAAGUCAGAGAUGUUUUCCACUGGAGCUACAAUCAGUUUAAUGCAACAGUUGUGUCCAAAACUAACCUUUGAGAAAAAUCUUGUUAGUUCAGCUUUAAGUAUCUGCACAACUGGAGGAUGUUUGUGUUCGAUGUGAGGAAAGGUGUCCUGCUCCCAAUCUCCUAUCAUAACAACUGGAGUUGUUCGCCAGUGAAACAUGAUUUUUUAACACAAAACUAUAAUCAGAUUGUAAAUGUGCUGCCAGUGUUUGAGUUGCAGCAGUGUCCUUUAACCUCAAUGUUGUUUUUUUAACCCUUUAACCCAGUAAGGGUUCAGAGUGUCAGGUCAUUUAUUUUCAAAUUGUUUUAUCAAAAAAUUAGUGUAUGUGCCAAUGUCAGUGUGUGCCUUCAGACUGGUAUGUCUUGUUUGUGUUUAAACUACAUUAACUAGGAGGUUGAGUUGAUGGUUUCAUAUCCAGUGUUUGGUCUGUUGGUUAGGUUUUACAUCAGCUUUAGAGCUCUGAAGGUAAUGUGUGUGACCACAAUAGAAAAUAAAUGUUUAAAAAGGCAUAA